UUUUAAGAGGCGGGACAUGUCUUCAGUAUGACGAAACGCGACGGUCACAAUGGAUCACGCUAAACCGCUUGAUUCUGCCAAUCACUGGGCAGAACGUGCAUGGGGCGGGGCAACUUGCUGUGUGCUGUGAAUGCGGCGGCGCGCUCCUGUGCUGUUGGAGCGGUAUUACAACGGCUCAUCGCGGGGCGUCGCUGCUCGGCUGGCACACAGAGUUGGAGGGUGUGAGCGACGUCAGGGGGAAGAGCAGUAACGUUCAGGGUACCGCUCGGCUGUUUCGGUUUACGGAUCAGUUAUCGCUGUACUUCCGCCCCCACUUCCGGGGUGUGAUCCGCAGACCCCCGUCCACUUCCGGUGCGUUCGGAGCACAUCCGCCCUGUGUCUUUAUCUGUGAUGAGCGACACCAUGAGCGGCCUGGACCCGCGUAAAAUGAAGGUGACGGAGCUGCGGUCCGAGCUGCAGCGCAGGGGACUGGAUUGCCGCGGGCUGAAGGCCGAGCUGAGCGAUCGGCUGCAGGAGGCGCUGGACUCGGAGCUGCUGGGGGGAGAGGAGGAGCGGCCGGCGGGGAGCCUUGGCUUGGAGGAGGAGGAACGGGCCCUUGAGCCCGGGGAAGGAGAGGAGGAGGAGGACGACGACGACGACGCCGCCGCCGCACUGGUGCCGGAAGAGGAUGAUGAUGAUGAUGAUGACGCUACCGCAGCCGUUAGCUCCAAUGAUCAAGCGGCACCGGGAAAGGAGCCCAGUGUCCCUGCCGCAGGGAGCGCAACACCGGCGGAUCAGCAGGCCGAGAAGAUGGAAGCGGCCACUGCCAGUGGAGGAUCCCUGAACGGAAAAGAGGCGACCGGGAAGGCUGCAGAGAAGGACGGAGGGAAAGCGAAAGCUAGCGUUGGGGAGGUAGAAAAGAAAGAUAAGCAUUCUGAUUCAAAGGGCUCAGGAGCCAUGCGUCAUGGCAUGAAGAGGAUGCGGGAGGAUGAACAGCGAGGUCGGACAUAUCACGAAUACAGAGAAGAGGGUAAUUAUAGCCGUUCCAAGUCUCCUGUGCCUGCUGAAGAGGCAAGUGAUGAAGUUGAUGAUAGUGAGGUGUGCCUUGAUAAAUCCACCUGUGAUCUUCAGUUUAAAAUGGAUAAGGACCGCUUUGGUGGGCAACCUCUCUUUGCAGAGAGAUUUCCAUCCCUGUGGUCAGGAUCUCGAGCAACUCAUGGUGUAACAAAGGGAAAGGCUUACUUUGAAGUUAAGGUGACUAAGAAUCUGCCUGUGAAGGAAGGAAGUACAGAAUCCCCCUUACUCCGUGUAGGCUGGUCUGUUAGCAAGUCUGCUCCUCAGCUGGGUGAAGAUGACCUUUCUUAUGCUUAUGACAGUCGUGGUCUUAAGGUUACUGGUUCACACUUUGAAGCCUAUGGGGAGUCAAUUGGUGAAAAUGAUGUUGUUGGCUGUACUGCUAACCUAGAUGGUGACUUGGUACAGAUUUUUUUCUCUAAAAAUGGUGUGGCCUUAGGUCAGGCUUUUGUCUUGGAUAAGAGUACUUUGAGUGAGCAGGCACUGCUGCCCCACGUCUUGUGCAAGGGAUGCACUUUCCAGGUCAACUUUGGACAGAAGGAGGAGCCUUGGCAUCUUCCACCCGACGGAUUCACCUUCCUGAAAGGAAUUCAGCCUGAAGACCUGACAAGGAUGCCAUUGCCACCUUCAACUGUAGAAGAGUGUGAGGUGUUACUUAUGAUCGGUCUGCCAGGGACUGGAAAAACCACAUGGGCUCAAAAACACAUUCAGGAAAACCCAGAGAAGCGUUUUCAGCUCCUUUCUACUGAAGCAUUGCUGCCGCAGUUGAAGACUACUGGACCAGACGCCCAAGAGGAAAACCAAAAAGUCCAAGAUAAUCUUGUGCAGCUGGCAACGCAGUGUCUAAUCAGACUGGUACCAGUGGCUGCUCGUAGGAAGGGGAAUUAUAUAAUUGACCAGUGCACGGUUUAUUUUUCUGCACAGCGCAGGAAGAUGCAUUGCUUUAAAGGAUUUCAACGCACAGCAGUGAUGCUGGUUCUUAAAGAUGAGGAAUGGCAGAAACGGUUGGAGACACGCAAAGAGAAAGGGGAAAUUAUUCCUGAAUACGUGCUUCUAGAGAUGAAAGCCAACUUCAUGAUUCCUACAAAGAGUGACCUUCUAGAAGAUGUCCUGUAUGCAGAGCUUGGACAGGAAGAAGCAGAUACUUUGAUAUUGGAAGCCAAGAAGGAGGCUCGUCGGCAGCUGCCCGCAAAUGACAAGAGGGGGAAUCGCAUGCAGAAGCGUGUCCGCACAGACAGGGGACGUGGAGGUGGUGGAGGAAACUUCAACCAACAGGUGACCUUCAACAGCCGGAUGCACUUGCAGCACUCCAGGCCACAACCGUACCAUCAACAGCCACGGUCGUACUGGGGAUCUCAGAGAGGGGGCUACCAGAAUUACUUUGAUCGGUACUCUGAACAGCAGAAUAGAUACUAUGGACAACAGAACUUCAGACCACAGAACAGAGGGUGGCAGAACUAUGAUGACCGAUCACAAUAUUGGGAUUACUAUGGCUACCAAGGAUACCGAUGAAUGAAGUGAUGACACAGGGGAAGACAGCACAGGGGGGCUUGGAUUGUAUAUUUCUUUUCUACAUUAAAACAAAAAAGCAAAAAAAUAAAAUUAAAUUUUUUGUGGAGGAGAAACUGCAGAGCAUGUAAGAUGUCAGAGACUUUAUCUCCUUUCAAUGUGUAUGGUUUUUGUCAAGCUUAGAAAACAUACUGAGGUUCAGGACUCUGUCAAUGCUGUCUUACGGUUGAGGUGCACUACCCAUAAUGUUCUUCAGAACGUGAGUGUUCUUACAUGGGGGCUCCGUCCUGUCUUGCAUCCUCCUGCUUAGCUGGGAGUAAUAUGCAGUACUUUUUACUUCCGUCUCUCAUCAUAACCCUGUAACCUUUUUAAUUUUUAUGCCAAGAAACAUUUUUAAGAAAUAAAAAUUUGUGUGACAUUG